AUGAACAUAAUUGACCUCCAUUUGCCAUUUCUGGCUUUUGGUAAUGCCCAUGUAACCGCUGUGCCUUCUGUGUAUGUUACCGUGUGUGCAAUAGGGCUCAUUUGGGCUGAAACACCUCUGAACUACAAGGUGCAGAAUGAGAGGGUCAUAGGUGGCAGUGAUGCCAGCCCCAACACUUGGAAAUGGCAGGUUUCCCUUCAGUUUGAUUCGUACAGUGAUGGUUACUUCUACCACAUCUGUGGAGGAAGCAUUGUGGAUAGUUUCUACAUCAUGACGGCAGCUCACUGCAUCCUCAGCAUGGACUCUCGUCUGUACCGCGUGGCAGUGGGUGAGUAUAACUUGUAUGAAUAUGAGGGCAGUGAGCAGUUCAUCGAUGUGGAAGCGAUUAUUGUCCACCCUGAAUGGAACGGGGAUCUUGCCAAAGGGAAUGAUAUUGCUCUUUUGAAACUGGCCAGUCCUGUGUAUGGCAAUGGCUACGCGGAGAUCGCCAACCUUCCGUAUCCUGACCAGACGCUGCCUCACGACUUCACUUGUUACAUCACAGGCUGGGGGUUGAUGGACUACAUAGGAAGCACCCCUGAAAGGCUGCAGGAGGCUCCCAUCAAUGUGGUGGAGCACUCGGUGUGCUCCACGCCGGAAUGGUGGGGCAACAUUGCUCUGGAAACCAUGUUGUGUGCUGGAGGAGACGGAGUCAUAUCCGGCUGCCAGGGUGACUCUGGAGGUCCCCUGAACUGCUUCGAUGAUGGAGCCUGGAGAGUCCACGGCGUGGUCAGCUACGGGCCGUCUGGCAUGUGCAACCAAGUGACUAAACCCACUGUGUUCACCAGAGUCUCCUCUUUCCUCUCCUGGAUGUACUCAGCCAUGGGACGGAAUCUUUAAAUUUCCAACUGGCUCCUGUGAAAUAAAACUCAUAAUUCACA